AUGUCCCGUUCUAAAAGCGUGAGCCCCCCGGGCUACGCGGCACAGACAGCGGCGGCGCCCGCGCCCCGGGGAGGCCCGGAACACCGCUCCGCCUGGGGAGAGGCCGAUUCCCGUGCUAAUGGCUACCCCCACCCUCCAGUGGGUUCGGCACGAGGCUCCAAGAAACCCGGGGGGGCCGUGACCCCGCAGCAGCAGCGCCUGGCCAGCCGCUGGCGCAGCGACGACGACGACGAUCCUCCUUUGAGCGGCGACGAUCCUUUAGCCGGGGGAUUCGGUUUUAGCUUCCGCUCCAAGUCUGCCUGGCAGGAGCGCGGCGGCGAGGAUUGCGGUCGCGGCAGCCGCAGGCAACGGCGGGGCGCGGCUAGCGGGGGCAGCACCCGGGCGCCCCCUGCGGGUGGCGGCGGCGAUUCGGCUGGCGCGGCGGCCGCUGCCAGUGGGACGGAGGUGCGCCCCCGCUCGGUGGAGCUGGGCCUAGAGGAGCGGCGGGGCAAGGGCAGCGCGGCGGACGACCUGGAGGCCGACGCGGUGGAUGGAGGCGAGGGUUCAGAGGAUGGAUGCAGCUCCGCGGGCUCGGACGCGGGGCCUGGCGCGGUGCUGUCGCUGGGCGCCUGCUGCAUGGCGCUGCUGCAGAUAUUCCGCUCCAAGAAGUUCCCGUCGGACAAGCUGGAGCGGCUGUACCAACGCUAUUUCUUCCGCCUAAACCAGAGCAGCCUCACCAUGCUCAUGGCAGUGCUGGUACUUGUGUGUCUCGUCAUGUUGGCCUUCCACGCUGCGCACCCACCGCUCCAGCUGCCCUACCUGGCCAUACUGGCCACAGCCAUGGGUGUCAUCCUCAUCAUGGCUGUGCUCUGUAACCGCGCCGCCUUCCAUCAAGACCACAUGGGCCUAGCCUGCUAUGCGCUCAUCGCCGUCGUGCUGGCGGUUCAAGUGGUGGGCCUGCUGCUGCCCCAGCCACGUAGCGCUUCGGAGGGCAUCUGGUGGACCGUGUUCUUCAUCUAUACCAUCUACACGUUGCUCCCCGUGCGCAUGCGGGCAGCCGUGGUUAGCGGCGUGCUGCUGUCGGCGCUUCACUUGGCCAUCGCCCUGCGCACCAAUGCCCAGGACCAGUUCUUGCUCAAGCAGCUGGUCUCCAAUGUCCUCAUUUUCUCCUGCACCAACAUCGUGGGUGUCUGUACCCACUACCCGGCUGAGGUUUCCCAGAGACAGGCCUUCCAGGAAACCCGGGAGUGCAUCCAGGCUCGACUUCACUCGCAGAGAGAGAACCAGCAGCAGGAGCGGCUUCUACUGUCUGUCCUUCCCCGGCAUGUUGCCAUGGAGAUGAAAGCAGACAUCAACGCCAAGCAAGAAGAUAUGAUGUUCCAUAAGAUUUACAUCCAGAAACAUGACAACGUGAGCAUCCUAUUUGCUGACAUCGAGGGCUUCACCAGCCUGGCCUCCCAGUGCACCGCGCAGGAAUUGGUCAUGACCCUCAACGAGCUGUUCGCCCGCUUCGACAAGCUGGCUGCGGAGAAUCACUGUUUACGUAUUAAGAUCCUGGGGGAUUGUUAUUACUGCGUCUCUGGGCUGCCUGAAGCGAGGGCUGACCACGCCCACUGCUGCGUAGAGAUGGGCCUGGACAUGAUUGAGGCCAUCUCGUUGGUCCGGGAAGUGACAGGGGUGAACGUGAACAUGCGUGUGGGAAUUCACAGUGGGCGAGUGCACUGCGGCGUCCUUGGUCUCAGGAAGUGGCAAUUCGACGUCUGGUCUAAUGAUGUCACACUGGCCAACCACAUGGAGGCUGGAGGCAAGGCCGGACGUAUCCACAUCACCAAAGCCACACUCAACUACCUGAAUGGAGACUAUGAAGUGGAGCCAGGCUGUGGGGGCGAGCGCAAUGCCUACCUCAAGGAGCACAGUAUUGAGACCUUCCUCAUCCUGCGCUGCACUCAGAAGCGGAAAGAAGAGAAGGCCAUGAUCGCAAAGAUGAAUCGCCAGAGAACCAACUCCAUUGGGCAUAACCCACCACACUGGGGGGCUGAACGCCCCUUCUACAACCACCUGGGUGGCAACCAGGUCUCGAAGGAGAUGAAGCGGAUGGGCUUUGAAGACCCCAAGGACAAGAACGCCCAGGAAAGUGCGAACCCUGAGGAUGAAGUGGAUGAGUUUCUGGGACGGGCCAUUGAUGCCAGGAGCAUCGACAGACUGCGAUCUGAGCAUGUUCGCAAAUUCCUCUUGACCUUCAGGGAGCCUGACUUAGAGAAGAAGUCCAGCCUCAGCCUCCUCUCUACUUCCAGCUCCGUGUUCAUGUUGAGUUUCUACCUGACCUGUUUCCUGCUGCUCAUCUUGGUGGUAUUUGUGUCUGUGAUCUACUCCUGCGUGAAGCUCUUCCCCACCCCACUGCAGACCCUUUCCAGGAAGAUUGUGCGGUCCAAGAUGAAUAGCACCCUGGUUGGGGUAUUCACCAUCAUCCUGGUGUUCCUGUCAGCUUUCAUCAACAUGUUCAUGUGCAGCUCCAAGGACCUAUUUGGCUGCCUGGCAGAGGAGCACAAUGUCAGCAUGAGCCGGAUCAACGCAUGCCACGUGGUGGAGUCGGCCUUCAACUACAGCCUGGGCGAGGAGCGGGGCUUCUGCGGCAGCCCCUGGCCCAACUGCAACUUCCCAGAGUACUUCACCUACAGUGUGCUGCUCAGCCUGCUGGCCUGCUCCGUGUUCCUGCAGAUCAGCUGCAUCGGGAAGCUGGUGCUCAUGCUGACCAUUGAGCUCAUCUACGUGCUCAUUGUCGAGGUGCCCGGAGUCACGCUCUUCGACAAUGCCGACCUGCUGGUCACCGCUAAUGCCAUAGAUCUCAACAACAACGGGACCUCCCAGUGCACUGAGCACGCGACCAAGGUGGCACUGAAGGUGGUAACUCCCAUCGUCAUCUCUGUCUUUGUGCUGGCCCUGUACCUGCACGCCCAGCAGGUGGAGUCCACCGCCCGCCUUGACUUCCUCUGGAAACUGCAGGCCACAGAGGAGAAGGAGGAGAUGGAGGAGCUGCAGGCGUACAACCGCAGGCUGCUACACAACAUCCUGCCCAAGGACGUGGCCGCCCACUUUCUGGCCCGCGAGCGCCGCAAUGACGAACUCUACUACCAGUCCUGUGAGUGCGUGGCCGUCAUGUUCGCCUCCAUCGCCAACUUCUCCGAGUUCUACGUGGAGCUAGAGGCAAACAACGAGGGGGUGGAGUGUCUGAGGCUGCUCAACGAGAUCAUCGCUGACUUUGAUGAGAUCAUCAGUGAAGAUCGGUUCAGGCAGCUGGAAAAGAUUAAGACCAUCGGUAGCACCUACAUGGCCGCCUCGGGCCUCAACGACUCUACCUAUGACAAAGUGGGUAAGACCCACAUCAAGGCUCUAGCUGACUUCGCCAUGAAGCUGAUGGACCAAAUGAAGUACAUCAACGAGCACUCCUUCAACAACUUCCAGAUGAAGAUCGGGCUCAACAUUGGCCCUGUGGUGGCCGGGGUCAUCGGAGCUCGCAAGCCUCAAUACGACAUCUGGGGAAAUACGGUGAAUGUGGCCAGUCGCAUGGACAGCACUGGUGUGCCUGACCGCAUCCAGGUCACUACAGACAUGUACCAGGUACUGGCCGCCAACACUUACCAGCUGGAGUGCCGGGGUGUGGUCAAGGUCAAGGGCAAAGGCGAGAUGAUGACCUACUUCCUCAACGGAGGGCCCCCGCUGAGUUAGCAGCUGCCAGCCAUGGUGCCAGGUAGCCUGGCCUCCAGAGAAAUGGGAGCGGCGUCUUUGUGUGCCGGGUGGGCAGGUGGGACGCCUGCGCUCCAGCCCACGUGGCCACGCUGGUGAGAUUUUCCACUUUGACUCCAGAAGCUGUUGCUGUCCUUGCCGAGAGGCAGCAGCCUCCGUCACAGGCCCCGCGUGCCGGCGUCCUGCAAGCACCAAGCUGACCAAAGAUGUUUCCCUCUGUAGAAGACUCUGCUUAGACUCGGUCUG